GUAACUAUUAUUCAAUUUGUUGAAGGUUUUUUUGAAAAGGGUAUGGUUGGUUUUUUCUUUUUUUGGUGAGUGUUGUUGAGUGCUAGGUGUUUGAUAUAUUGUCUGAGAGAGAAAUUGAAAAAUGGGAUCUGGUAAUGAAGUUCAUUCUGUUGGUGAGUUUAGUUUAGAUGCUAAGUGGAUUAUAGAUCCUAAACAAUUGUUUGUUGGUCCUAAGAUUGGAGAAGGUGCUCAUGCUAAAGUUUAUGAAGGAAAAUAUAAAAAUCAAAAUAUUGCAGUUAAAAUUAUCAACAAGGGAGAAACACCAGAAGAGAUUUCAAGGAGAGAGGCUCGGUUUGGUAGAGAGGUUGCAAUGCUAUCGAAAGUUCAACACAAAAAUUUAGUCAGGUUUAUCGGGGCCUGCAAAGAACCUGUGAUGGUUAUAGUAACUGAACUUCUAUUAGGUGGAACAUUACGUAAGUAUCUCUUGAGUAAGUAUCUCUGAAUUGUUCUUUAUUCUCUGCAGGUUGGUGUUGUUUCUGAUUAUGACUUGUCU